AAGAAUGUACACUGGAGAUCUGAGCGAGAGCCCCUCAAAGUCUUGAGAGCAUCGAAUGGCGAACUCCUCGACCUCCGAUUCCGGCGAAGCGCCGUCGAAGAUCGUGCGCGCAGUGUUGCUCGGCGCCGCUAUUGCAGCGUCCGCCGCAGCGGCAUAUUACGGCAGGGGGCGCAGGUUGAGGAGCCGAGUGGUGGGGAUCAUUCCUGCUCGGUUUGCAUCCUCGAGGUUCAGGGGCAAGCCUCUAGUUAAGAUCCUCGGCAAGCCAAUGAUCCAGAGGACAUGGGAGAGAGCGAUGUUGGCUUCUACUUUGGAUCGAGUUGUUGUGGCAACGGAUGAUCAAAUGAUUGCUGAAUGCUGCAGAGGGUUUGGAGCUGAUGUAAUAAUGACAUCAGAAUUAUGCAGAAAUGGGACUGAACGCUGCAAUGAAGCGUUUCAAAAGCUUGACAAAUAUUAUGACAUUGUUGUCAAUAUUCAAGGAGAUGAACCCCUUAUUGAACCAGAAAUUAUUGAUGGAAUUGUUAAGGCUUUGCAGGGAGCUCCUGAUGCAGUGUUUAGUACUGCAGUUACAGCAUUGAAACCUGAGGACGCUGACCCGAAUCGGGUGAAAUGCAUAGUGGAUAAGCGUGGUUAUGCAAUCUAUUUUUCUAGGGGUUUGAUCCCUUCUAACAAGUCUGGAAGAUUGAAUCCAAAGUUUCCAUAUUUACUUCAUCUGGGGAUUCAGAGCUAUGAUGCAAAAUUUUUGAGGACAUAUCCACAGCUCCCUCCCACCCCUUUGCAAUUAGAAGAAGAUCUUGAACAACUUAAAGUUCUUGAGUAUGGGCACAAAAUGAAGGUAAUUAAGGUUGAUCAUGAUGCCCAUGGUGUAGACACUCCAGAAGAUGUUGAAAGAAUCGAAGCACUGAUGCGAGAAAGAAACAUUUCAUAAUGCAAGCAACGACUAUAUGACAUGAUCGCAACUGAUAAUAGUAAAUGAAGUUAUCCAUCAAAAUCUUCAGUGAGUUGAUUAUUUGUUUAUUUUCGAUUGUCAGUAUGCAUUACAUGCUGACCUUAGAUUUAGAAAUAGAAGACCUCUACUUAAGCAAAAAUGAUGUGUAGCCCGUUGCUUGAAAGAACUUGGAUUGAAGCAUCAGUAGAUCCUUCAUUCUUAUUGAAUCAUGAAGAAGUUGUUUGGAAUAUGAAAUUGUCCUGUCGAUCCUGUCGAUGUUUUUAUUGAUAAAUGAUUCAUUGUUACAAUUUCACAAAUCUGUUAUGAAUUUGAGACUUCUCAGU